GAGACCGAGGAAGUUCAAGCGGAAGAACUCGAAAUCUGCUUAAGGGCACUGUGGCCGGGGCCUCCUGACACGCGGAGUAGUAUGGCCAAUCUGGCGUCGACGUACCGGAAUCAAGGCCGAUGGGCAGAGGCCGAGUCGUUGGACUUACAAGUUAUGGAGAUAAGAAAAAGGGUACUGGGGCCGGAGCAUCCCGACACGCUGACCAGCAUGGCUGAUCUAGCGUUGACGUAUCGGAAUCAAGGCCGAUGGGCGGAGGCUGAAAAUUUGCAAGCAAAAGCACUUGAGAUCCGCUUGAGAGUGCUGGGGCCGGAGCACCCUGACACGCUGACCGGCAUUAACAAUCUUGCUUGUACUUGGAAAGGCCAAGGUCGUCAUGAUGACGCAUUGGACUUGAUGCGCCGUUGCGUCCAGCUCAGCCAGCAAGUACUUGGCCCACAUCACCCUCGUACGAUGUCCAGGCUUUGUGAACUAGAUAUAUGGCAA